CAUCGACUCCUGGGAGCCGCUGGACUUCCGCUCACUAGAGCGGGGUGUUUUCAGGGUAGGCCUUGCCUCGAAAAGCAGGGCCUUGGAGGCCACCAACCCAGAGGUCGAUGGGCCCUCCUUCGGGGACGGCGCAGCAGCGCUGGCUGCUGACGCCAGGGGGGCUGGUGGCAGGGCCGCAACCACGCUCGUUGUGGUCUGGGCCGGAGCCGGAGUCUGCUGCGACGCUGCCCCCUUGCGCGCCGCACCAGCAUACCCUGAGGUUCGAGAGUAUGCUGCGUGUCCACCGUCACAGUUGGGACAGUGGGGUGUGCCAUUACAGUUGUUGGAUUCGUGUUCGUGUUCGCCACACUUUGCACAGCUACGCCAGCCGCCCACCACCGAGCCCAACAAGGGGACGCCACGAGUCCGGGAGGAAACGCAGACGCCAGCUGUACGUAGCCACUAUAACCUAAUAUAACAUACCCAAGGUUGGAUACAUACACCAGGUUAACCCUUGCCGCCUAGAAAUUCGGAAGUGAGAAGAAGUGAUAAGAAGACAGGAAAGAAGAGAUAGCGAGAGGGAAAGCAAAAGAUUGAAUAGAGGGACAGGAAAAGGCGACUGCCGAUUUCCCCCGGGUGGGUCAGUCCGGGGGUGCCGUCUAUGUGAAGCAGAGGCCAAA